GCUCCCGCCACGGCCAUGGCCCCCAGGAAGAAGGGCGCCGGCGGCGGCAAGAAGGAAGACGCGGCCAAGGAGGCGAGGCCGGACGGGAAGGCGGAGCAGCCCCUGGCCGAGCACAGCCGCGAGUUCUACCUGCUGCAGAUCCGGGACCUGGAGAAGCGCCUGGCCCGGUACCAGCGGAAAUGGGACGAGCUGCAGGUGAACGAGACCCUCUUCAGGGUGGAGUACGAUCAGAUGGCCAAUGACAACAAGGAGAUCGUGGCCUUUCUCAAGAAGACCUUGAACCAGCGGGUUGAUGAGAUCGCUGACCUCAAUGACCAGCUGGUCAGCCUGCAGCAGGCCAAAGAAUCCGAGAAGGACGCCUUCGAGGCCCAGCUGGCCCAGGUUCGACACGAGUUUCAGGAGACCAAGGACCAGCUCACUUCGGAGAACAUGCUGCUAAGUGGGAAGCUGGCUGCGCUGGAGGAGUUCAGGAUCCAGAAGGAUGAUCUCAUGGGCAAGUUUGCAGCCCUAGAGGAGCAGCUGAAGAAACAAGAGGAAGAUCACAAGGAAUAUAUCUAUAACCUGGAGAGGAAAGCUGUGCUGGACAAAGACAGGCUGAAGAAGGAGAUGAUGCAGCGUGUUAACGUGGUGGCAGCUGAGUUCCGCAAGGUCUCCAACAGCCAGAUGGCCGAGACCACCAAGCGCACCAUCCGUGAGAACGUCGCCAUCAACGUCCAGCUGGCCAAGAUGUCCGACCGCAGCUACGACCUCAUCCAGGAGAACGACAUGCUGAAGGAGGCCCAGGCCGAGAUGCAGAAGCAGCUGGAGAUGUUGGAGCACAAUGAGAAGCAGAUGGCCAAGAACAGCCUCAGCAACCAGAAGAUGAUUUGGAUGCUCACCAAUAAGUGCAAGGAGCAGCAGGUGCUGGUGGAUGAGUACAAGCAGCAGAAGGAAGCCAUGCAGCAGCUGAAGGAGGCCCAUGAGAUGCUGCAGAAGGAGAACCAGGCACUAAGACAAGAGCUGAAGGAGCUGAAGGAGGAGGUGAGGAGGAAGAUGGUCGCAGGGCAGAGUCAGGCCAAGCUCCUAGAGGAAGAGCAGAAGCUCAGGAAGAAUGCAGAGAGGAUCCUGAACCAGGCUGUCCAAGCCCUUAAGGAUCUGCUGCAGGGAGCAGGAGCUGCAGUGCCGUUUCCCCUCCCCUCGGUUCACCUCCCCCGACUCGUCGCCCCACAGGAGAGGCCGUCUGACGAGGAGGAUGGUGACUUUGACGUGACGUUCCAGCUGCGCCACCAGGAGAUGCUGCGGAGCCUGCUGGGGCUGCUGAUGCGGGCGACCACGGCUGGGCCUGCGCCUCGGGAGCAGGUGUUUGGGCCCCAGAAAACGGCCAACCGGGAGCCUGGACUGGAGUCCACAGCAGAGAGCCAGCUGCACUCACCCCCGAGCCUCAAGACCUCUCCCGUCAUCUCGCACCACUUGCUAGUACAGCGGGGGCAGGGGGCACAGCUCUUCCACAGCAUGAGCAAGACGGGUCUGCUGUCCAAGACCACCCGCAUCGGGACCGUCCGCACCUACACCAGGGCCACGGAGCCACUGACGACUUCCUGGUCGGAGGAGAAACGGGUGAAGCAGCAGCCGAUUCUGCCCCUGCCAGAGAUAGCGGCCAGAUGCUCCUUGCAGGGCCUGCUGACCAAAUAGGGAAACGCUGGGAGGGAGGGAGCACGUCUUUCUGCCAGCCGAUUGCUCCCUCCCCUGCCGCCAGCACCUGCGCAGAGGAGAGGGACUGAAUGUAGAUGGCAAAGCGCGUGCAGACUGGGCACCUGGGUUUAUUGUACAGUCUAUGCAAAACCGCCCUAUAAAACCUGUGGAGUUAC